CGCGAACACCGUGCUCUGCUUGAGCGUGUACGAAAGAAAGCAAAAAAAUGUUGCGAACUCGGUUGCUAUGGUUUACGUUGGGGUUUUCGGUUUCCGGUGCUGCGAUUGCGCAAUUCGUUUGGAGAGACCUUUUGACUGACCGAUAUGCCCUCGCUUCCGAUUUGGAGCAUAAAUUUGAUGGUCUAGCGGCCAGAGUACAGAAUCUAGAGAACAUUGGGGCCCGGAAUUCGAAUACGAAUCUGAGUCAGGUUGAAGACUGAAUCUUCAGAGUUCGCCAAUUCUAGCAAUGUUUCUCUGGACUAUUUAUGCUUGCAAGAGAUUCAGCUUUGGCAUUAAUAGAUGAUAUAAGACUUUCAUAUCUUUUUUUUUUUUUUCCAUUUCACAAACCUUUCCCUUUUGUUUUUUUUAAUGAUUUUUUUUACAUGCCAUAUCAUGACAACUUUGUAACAAAAAAUGAUGGGAUGAUUGAAUUGUAGCGAACUCUAUUUCCUGAUGCCGAAGUAUAAUUAACUCAGCAAAUUAACAUCAUAA